AUGUUCGAAGGCAGCCCGGUUCGGAAUCCAGAGAAGACCGAGCCCCGAGUCAACAUCCCUUCCCCCCCUCUCUCCCCCUCCCCCCCUCCCGCCCUCUCACCUUCCUCUCCCUUCCACCCCCACCACCCAACCACCCCUCCCCCUCCCCUCCCCGUCCUCCCCCUUCCUCAAGCCUCCCCUUUCCCCUCCUCUUCCCCCUUCGUCCUCCCCUGUUUCUGUGUGUCCCUUUCCCACUCCUGUACCCCCCCUCCUUUCGCUCUUUUUGCUCACCACAUCUCCUUUUGCUCGUGCUACUAA